CUAGCUAGCACUUAGACAUCCCCUUCUCUUCUAUUCGCGUUUACAAUAUGCCACAAUCAUCGAUCAUACCCACUCCUGCAGGAACAUCCCUGAAAGGCAAGACAUGUCUCAUCACUGGCGCAAACACCGGCAUCGGACUCGAGAUCGCUCGCCAGCUACUCGCCCUCAACGCGUCGCGGGUGAUCAUCACAUCGCGAGACGUCUCCAAGGGACAAGCGGCGGUGGCUGCACUGCGCAAAGACUCAGAAGUCACAUCCAAGAAUCCGACAGCGAUUGUUGAAACAUUCCAUCUCGACCUCGACGACUACCGAUCUGUUAUGAAGUUCUGCGAGCAAGUCAAAGGAGAAGUGCGCGAGCUGGAUAUACUAAUCUGCAAUGGUGGAACAAAUAUAAUGGACUUCCAGCGGAGCAAGACCGGACAUGAGAGGGUUAUGCAAGUAAACUGCUACAGCCACUUCCUGCUGAUCCUCGAACUCCUCCCUCUCCUCAAAUCUACCUCCCUCAAACGCGGAACCCCCUCCCGGCUAACGAUCGUCGGCUCCGGCACGCAACACUAUCACACCCUUUCAAAAACACCCCUUAGGGCCAACGAAAACGUCCUCUCCCACUGGGACGACACGAACAUCUACCAGGGCCUAUCCCGGUACUCGGAUAGCAAGCUCACCAUUAAUGCCUUUAUCCGACGCCUUGCUAACACGGUCCCGGAUACGGAAGUCAUUAUCAAUAAUUUCUGCCCGGGGAUGGUGGCGGGAACCGCCCUGGACGCGGGUAUUCCCAUCUGGCUGAGAGCGAUCAUGCGCGUGUUGAGGAGAUUCAGGGGUCGUACGUUGGAGCAGGCGGGGUGGAUGGCGAUGCAUGUAGUUGCUGUUGCUGGGAGGGAGACACAUGGGAAGUUCUUUCAGAAUAACAGGGUCGAUGCUGGGCCGCCGUUUUUGCAGAGUCCGGCUGGUGUGGAAUAUAUCGAUAGACUCUGGUCGGACUUUCUGGGUGAUGUGAUUCCCCUGGAUACGGGGUUGGAGGUGUUCAAGGAGUAAUAUUAGAGAUUUUAUAUCGAG